CACAUUCUCACUUGUUGUCCACGGCGCUUGUGCCCUCUUCGUCUGGUGCCGAGAGAGCGUAGCCCAGUGCCCAACCAGCACCCAUGUGUGUAUACCUCUUCACAACCAGCACCCUGUGUAUACCUCUUCACGGAACCGAACUCGUCCUCUCACGCUGACACUGCUUGCUGGGUCGAAAAUUCAAGGAAACGCGACUAAUACAGAGGAAUAACACAGCCGUAGGUUUUGGAAUUUCAAUGAUGUAGUGGUGGUGUGAUUAUGGUGCUGAGAUAGAUGUUGAGAGAUGGCUGGAGUGAUCUAAGGAAUAUGCGAUUUGUUGUUGGGUUCGUGGUGAAUUGCGUGAAGAAUUAUCCACACUUGUAGAAACCCUAAUUUUCGUUUGUUCCAGUAACUCUUGCGUUUGGUGCCGACAUCGAUCUUUGAGGGGAAGAUUCGAGCUUUGGCUAUAACAUCGGUGGAGUGGCAUAUGAAUGGGUUUGGGUAGUUGCUUGACGACAUAAAUUUCUCCCUUGAGUUGCAGUUAUUGGAGGGGGAGCUCAAGUCCAGACGUCCAGACGAGAGCAGUUCGUUUUGCAUUAAUCUGAAAGCGCAAAGUAUCCGAAGAUGAACAAGACAGUGUGUCCUGAGUGUCGGAAGGCGACAGAGGUGGUAGUGGACCAUGCCGCGGGGGACAUGGUGUGUGCAGAAUGCGGAUUAGUCUUAGAGCAGCAUUCCGUAGAUGAAAGCUCGGAAUGGCGAACGUUUUCGGAUUCAACUUCCAGCGACCCAGUCCGUGUCGGUGGUCCUUCCAAUCCCCUCCUCACAGAUGGUGGGCUGUCAACCAUCAUAUCCAAGCCCAACGGUGCGCAGGGCGAUUUCAUGUCAUCUCUUGGACGUUGGCAGAACAGGGGCUCAAAUCCUGAUCGGUCUCUUAUCAUUGCUUUUCGAUCAAUUGGAACCAUGGCAGACAGGCUCGGACUAGUGUCAACAAUCAAGGAUCGGGCCAAUGAGAUAUAUAAGAAGGUGGAAGACCUGAAAUCUAUCCGUGGUCGAAGUCAGGAUGCGAUACUGGCUGCCUGCUUAUACAUCGCUUGCCGACAGGAAGAUAAACCUCGAACAUUCAAAGAAAUAUGCUCAGUUGCUAAUGGAGCAUCGAAGAAGGACAUUGGGAGAGCAACCAAGUUUAUUGUGAAGCAAUUAGAAGAGGAUAUGGGUAUUUCUAUGGAGAUGGGAACAAUCCAUGCUGGUGACUUCUUGAGGAGAUUCUGCUCGCAUCUGAAUAUGGAAAACAACGAGGUCAGAGCUGCCACAGAGACGGUAAAGAAGUCAGAGAUGCUGGAUAUCCGAAAAAGUCCAAUAUCAGUUGCUGCUGCUGCUAUAUACAUGAUCUCACAGCUUAAUGAAAAAGAUAAGAAAGCUCUAAAAGACAUAUCAAGGGUGGCUGGGGUGGCUGAAGUGACUAUCCGAAAUUCUUACAAGGAUCUCUAUCCCCACGCAGCCAAGCUCAUACCCGACUGGUUUCUUAAAGAAGUUGAUUUGAAGAAUUUGCCAGCUCCUUAGAGCUUUUCUGUUCUUCGCUAGAGUGGAAGAGUAUAGGCAGGCGGUCCUUGAACCGCCAAAGGCUGCCAUCAGGUGUGAUGACACAUUCCAUCACGCCUGGAAAGUACUCCGGGUUUUUGACAUAUAGGAAGAUUAAAGCGAUUGGAUUUCCUUAAUCAAAGGUUGGAGGUCCAUAAUCAAUCAAGGUUAGCAUCGGGAGUGUAGAUGAGAUUGUUGGAAAAGAUGACCGUGAUUUGUUUUCUUAGUGAUAAAAAAAGAAUUUACUAGUAAUGCUUGUGUGCAUAGAAUUAGACUUCAUGAAUUUAACUGGUUAACCACUUUUAGCCGCCUACCAUUUUGUUCCUAACAAUCUUGGUUAGCAAUUUUGCUUCUCAAUUUAGACAAAUUGUCUGCAAAAUGCAUGUCAAACGUAUAAAAGUUUAACAGCUUUGUACAAUAGUUCACAUUUUUGUGUUUUCAAUGUGAGAUUGGAGACUUGAUUCAUAAAGAAAUAAAAUGUUGCUCAUACUGAAA